AUGCAGGACUCUGGGGUGAUGCCUAUCGUCUGGCCGACCAAGCAGAUCGACAAAAAACGGCAACAGGCGGAGGCUCGAGCCCCCAGAGUUUCCCACUAUGGCGAGAAUACAACCCUAACUUUUUACGAGACGCUGGAUAAGUACCCAGUUGAAGGGAAAUCGGUGCUGGUGAUAGGGAGUCAAGUUCCUUGGCUUGAAGGGAUUCUCUUGGCGUAUAAGGCUGGGUCGAUCACGACCGUUGAUUUCAACAGACCCACUGCAGACUAUCCCGGACUGAGGCUGUGGAAUAUUGCUGAGCUGGACGCUUCAGAUGAGACCUUUGACGUGGUAGCUUCGUAUUCGUCGCUGGAGCACGAUGGGCUGGGGAGAUAUGGCGAUCCGCUCAACCCGGAUGGGGAUCUGCAGAGAAUGGCGAAGAUCAGGGGCCUAUUGAAGCCAGGAGGGCUCUUCUUCCUGGGGCUCCCAGUGGGCAACGACACGCUGGUGUUCAAUGCACAUCGGGUGUACGGUCCCAUCCGCAUGCCGCUGCUGCUCGACGGCUGGAAGCUGCUGGACGUGUUUGGGGUGUCCAGUCUAGAAGCAGCUUACAGGGAGAACCUGAAUGCAGCAAUCAUACAGCCGGUCAUGGUGUUGAGGUAG